ACGCCAUUGAAGAAGUUUGUUUAAUUUUUUGCAAGCGAGAGAAAUCUUUAAUAAAUUAGGAAGAGUUGCGUUGCUUACCGACGCCAUUGGAGUACAUUAAGCGUACGGUGUGGUAAUCAACGUGCACACGAUGUGGCCACAAACGUUGGAAAUGUCGCGGGAGGAAUGCCGCGGCAUGCUGCGUCGACUUGAGCUUGAGUCCUAUUCGCAUAUAAUAAGCGUUUUUCGCGCCCAAGGAUCACUGAGCGAAUCAAAGACCAAAAUGCUGGAGGAAUUGCGCCAACUGUUUCACAUAACCCAAGAGCGUCACCGUGCGGAGGUGCGACGUGCCGCAAACGAUGAGCAAUUGUGCACAAUAGCCGAAAAUGUCUGUGGACCUAACACCUGGCAGGAAUGGUCACGUGAAGGACGACGCCCGUAUCCCCUAUUGCCAAGGAUAUGCCCGCAAACGGCUAUGAGCAUUGUGGCCAAUGAUUUGGCGGCAAAAGCAUUUGUCGAAAAUGCCAAAUUGUCCCUGCCCGCCGAUACAGGGGCCAAAUAUGGCGAAGCCCUAAUCGGUCAGGCCAAUUUAAUGACAUUAUGCCAUGGCGGACGAGCCAAAAUCCCAGAGCCGCCUGUGGUCUUGGAUGAGCCGUUCAAAGUACCCGAUUUACCCACUGAGGUAAAGAAAGCCACACAGAAGCGUAAAGAGAAUGAAGGAGGCGAUGGUAAACCGAAUAAAAAGCGUCAUUUGCAACACGACAGACAAUUGCAACAGCAUCAACAACAACAAAUUAUGUCCAAUGAGGAUUUGGAAUUGUUGCCACCAGAGCAGAGACCGAGUCCAAGGACAUUGCAGCAACGUUAUUUCUAUCAGCAGCAUCAGAAGCAUAAACAACGUUUGGCCAGCAAUAGCAAGAAGAAUUUAGCAAAUGCUAUGCACAAUCAUACAGGAGGACCAGGAGGAGGAGCGGGAGGAAUGGGUGGUGGUGCGUUGCCUGUGGCAGGGAAACGUGUGGCAGCACCAGCUAAAAGUGGACGACGCAAGCAACAACAAUUGCUGCAACAACAAAAACAUCAACAACAACAACAGCUGCAAAAAGUAUUACUACCUGGACCACCGCCAGAGCAGCAGCAGCAACAGCAGAUGAUUCCCAAUCAUUUGGUAGUCCAGCCUCAUGUAGAAUACAUUCUCGAUGAGGCACUUAGAUCCGUGGGAGCCACAACAACGCCACCAACAACAGCCACACCCAAUCCCACAUUAAAUGCAAAUUCAGCUUCCGUAACACCGUGUAAAUUGAAGCCAUUGCCGCAAACGGCCCGUGUUGUAUAUGGUCCGACGACAGCUGGCGAAUUGGGUUCCCCCAAUGCACGGGGAUUUGCCAACUCACCAAUCAUAUUCAAGGAGAAGCCAACGGCUGCCCAGCCGGCAACGCAGCUAUCGACUCCUGUCAAGAAAUACAUUGUCGAGGAACGUCAACCGACGACGACACCCACUUCUCCAGUUAUAUCAACAGCCAAUCUGCCGUUAGCACCACAAAUCAUUAGUGUCCAACAGAUUCCAGCCCCGCCAUUGGGAACCAAACUACGUCCGGUGGCGGGAGUAGUGGGAAGUCCAUCCACCGGCAACAGCGGCAGCCAACCAACAACAGUCUCCAAAUUGACACCGAAAAAGAUUCAAUUGCUGGAAACAGCCUCAGGCAACGAGACCCAGGCCAAGGCACAGGCCAAAACGUUAGCCACCGGGCCAACGGUGCGUGUUCUUCCCUAUACAGAGCAAACGGCGGCAGCAGCGGCUCAAUUGGCCAUAGUGGGAGGUGGUAGUCCCAAAGAUCUGCAGCGGGCUGGUGGUGUCACGCCACUGAGUAGUGCCUCCACAGUGAACAUUAUUAAGAAUAUACCGGCCAGCAGUUUGAAUAAUACACUUAUAACUCCAUUAGCCACGCCCACAGCAACAGUAACGCCUCUUUUCCGAGGCAAACAAGCGGCUAGUAUCAAUAUUAAGGCAGCUACUCCAGCUGGAGCAAGUACAUCGACACAGCUAUUGACUAACAUUAAGUUGACAACUGGAACUGGUGGCGGAGGAACAUCCACUGGCCAUCUCAAUAUCAAGCCACUGCCCAGCGGUGCCCUGCGUAACAUUAAGAUCUGUUCGCCCAAUGGGAAAUUGUUUUUGCAAUCGGGUAAAUUGCCAGCUGGCAGUAUAAUACAUAAACUGAACAAUGCCAGUGGCGUGCCAGCAGCCACAGGAGCAGCAGUAGUCGGAGGAGGCACCGUAAAUGCCCAUUCGCCUACAGGCAAUAUGUUGUCACCCACCUCACCACAGUCCAGGAUACCCAUACAGAAAAUGCAAAUCCUUACGCCCACGCAAGUGAUCUCGAGUGCUGGAAGCGGAAGCGGAACCAACACUAGCCCCCAAACCAUCACUGUGACCAGUAGCAAUAGCAGCAACUCUAGCGCCAGCUCCAGUAAUGCCAAAAUCAAGCCCACCACUUUAACCUUUGCCACCGCCGGCGUUGGCAAGAAUAAUUUGGUAUUUCUUCCGGCCAGUGCCACCAGUACCAUGCGUGCGGUUACCCUGACUGCGGCCCAAAAGCCCAAGACGGCAGCUGUGACACCAGUGGCGGGUGGUAGCGAACAGUUAUUGGGUGGCAAAACGAAUGUGGUUGUCAUAGGAGCAACUUCCUCGACGGUGCCAGGUGCUAAUACAACCACCGCUGGGCCAACCACUGCCUCUUGCUCCUCUGCUUCCUCAACAACUCAAUCUUCGACGAAAGUUAAACCCAAUCAACUGAUUACAGAAGAUACACCUAUUGAUAUUAUUAAUAUGCCCAUUAUUGUGGCCGACAAUGGAACAACAACGGAAACUAAAACCGUUGGCGGUAAAUCAACACCUUUGGUUGUCUUCAAUGCCACCGAUUGGGAAAUGGAAUUGGAUCAAGCAUCCAAAGUAACGGCCACAACAAGCAAUUCGACGGCGAGUCAAUCGCUCGAGGAUGUCAUAAUAGAAGAGGAUGAGGAACAGGAUACAGAGCAGCUCAACAAUCGCAUUAUUGAACUUAAUCCCGAGGAUGAGAGUGCCAUUGAGUAUGUGGACAUGGAAUUGGAGCAGCCAAUUGAAAUUGAUAGCGCCAGCAGUAGUAGCAUAUCGCCAGCAGAGAUUGCUGCCUCAACGACAACAACAACCACAACCUCAUUGAAGGCUUCUAUUGUGCCAGCUCUAUCCCAGCAGCCGCAACAGAAGCAACAUCAGGAGCAGCAGCCAUUGGGAGCUGCUGGUGCUGCAUCAAGAUUAUAGAAAAAGUUGUUUAAAAAUUGUUAAGAAGAAAGUUUUUCGUUUACAUCCAAACAAAACUCGAAAUUUUGCCCCGGCUCCAUCAUAUAUAUAUAUAUAUAUACAUAUUGAAAUCUGUAUAUAUAUUCCAGUGCAAAAAACAACUCUUCAGUGAUUUAAUUCAAGAACGCACAGCAAGAGCAUCAUCUUAGAGACACACACACACACACUCAGAAACGCCCGGUUUAAAUUUAGAAUUAGUAGUUUAGUUUAGUAACAAUAUGAAGUUCUUAAUUUUUGAAUUAAUCAAUUGUGAAUGAAGCUUCGAAACGAAUUCUGUUGCAAUAGUUAAGUUGCCAAUUUUUAAUGGUGGGUACUCACAGUGACGAAAAGAAAAAAAGGGAAAGCGAACCAUAAGUUAGUUAAGUUUUUAAGUUCUAAACAAAUGAAGGAAACAAUCCCAUUGGAAUAACGAAUAAUGAACAUAUAGAAUUAGUUUUUAUAUACCCAUCCUAUAUACAUACAUAUACAUAUGCAUACUAAUUUUCCAAACCAACUCAAAAGAAAAUUAAUUACGAAACAGAUGACACUGUGACUACCCCUCACACACCUCCCCCAGCAGCAAAUGAAACAACAAUGGAACAGUUUUAAACAUUAUCUCUAUAUUUAACCAUAUAUAUAUGUCCUUAUAUAUAUAUAGGUAUGUUAAAUUGCAAUACUGCACCGAUGGUAUAUAUAUUGUCUUUAUAUGAAUUUGUUUUAAUUACUUUUAAUUUGCAAUCCUUCAUGAUAUACCUUAAUUUUUUCUUUGUAUAACAAAUGUAUAUAAAAUCUAAGGUCCUUUAAAUUAAGUUUAAGUUUUUUAAGUUGAAAAAGAAAAAGAAAAAACACUAAAAAUUUUUUUAAUUU